AUUCGAAGAUCACCAGUGAUAGUGAUUGAUUUCACAUUUUUGGCGAGCAUUUUAUAUUUUUAACUGCAAGGGGUAGAAUACUACUAUGGGAAAGUCAAGUAAAGAUAAACGGGAUGUUUAUUACAGAUUGGCUAAAGAGGAAGGAUGGAGGGCAAGAAGUGCGUUCAAACUUUUGCAGAUAAACGAAGAUUUUAACUUGUUUGAAGGAGUGAAAAAAGUUGUAGAUUUGUGUGCAGCUCCUGGGAGUUGGAGUCAAGUGCUAGCAAGAAAGUUAAGAGGAGGUGACAGCAAAAAUGAUGAUACAAAGAUAGUUGCUGUUGACUUACAAGCAAUGGCUCCGAUCCCAGGGGUGAUCCAACUGCAAGGUGAUAUAACGAAGAAAUCAACUGCACAGGAGAUAAUUUCUCACUUCGAAGGCGAGAAGGCGGAUCUAGUGGUGUGUGAUGGGGCACCUGAUGUGACAGGUUUACACGACAUUGAUGAAUACAUUCAAGCUCAGUUACUGCUAGCUGCUUUGAACAUAACCACACAUGUGCUACGCACUGGUGGGACAUUUGUCGCAAAAAUAUUCCGAGGAAAAGACGUCACUCUGUUGUAUUCUCAGCUUAGAAUAUUUUUCCCACUUGUUUCCAUAUUCAAGCCCCGUAGUAGCAGGAACUCGAGCAUUGAGGCAUUUGUUGUGUGUCAAAAUUUUUCUCCACCAGAAGGAUAUAUUCCCAAUAUGUCAAAUCCUUUACUUGAUCACAAAUAUGAUACUGAUUACAACAACCUUGAAGGACCCAAUCGAGUAAUCGUUCCUUUUCUUGCAUGUGGAGAUUUGAGUGGAUUUGAUUCAGACCGAACUUAUCCUCUGAAUCUAGAGCCAGGAAAGGACUAUGUGUACCAUCCUCCUACUCAAACGCCAAUCAGGCCCCCAUAUGAAGAGGCUUGUCAACUUCGGAAGACAGAUCAACUGGCUAAAGUUUCAGAACAAAAAGAGGAAUUGUGUACUACCACUAAAUCUCCUGCAGACUUGCUACCAGAUUGUUUCGAUGAAGGUGUUGACACUGAUCAAUCUGAACAAGUUCUAGAAGAUUUAACAGAACUCACAAUUGGAUAAUUAUUAUUGUAUAACAUGCAGGUCACAGCAUGUUCCAGACUCUAUGAAGAAAAAAUAUACUGAAAUACAUCUGUAAAAUAUUUUUUGAGCCAAAUUUUUCAUAUUUCAUUAAAGGUCAUCUUAG